ACACAGCUCAAGAAGUUGACUACCUCCGUUCCACUCUCUCCAAUUUUCCAAUCGUCUGCGUGCUCUCCAAAACGAAAACCCUAGCGCGAUUUCUCCACUCUCUGUCUCUGGAUUUCUCGUUUUCAUUGGCCUCGAUUUUCUUGGGAAUCGAAGGAGGAAAAUGUCGUGGUUGAGAUCUGCAGUGAGCAAAGCCGUGGAGGUGGGCAACAAGAACAACCUCACUCGCACCGUUAAGAACUACGCCGACUCUGUCGUCCAACAUGCCGGUCAGGCCGUUGCUGAGGGCGCCAAAAUUCUUCAAGAUCGCAUUGGAGCUCGGAGUUACAGAAGCUUUAGGCUGACGGUUAAAAGAUUGGAGGAGGCUGCUGUUUCUUGCAGGGGGCCUGAGAGAAUUCAGUUGCUGAAAAGAUGGUUGGCUGUGCUUAAAGAAAUCGAGAAAUUAUCUGGAGCGCCCUUUGAAGAUAAAGAAAAGAACUCUGAGCAACAAGCCACAACUGAUGAAGCGAGGGAUAAUCCAAAAAAAUCAUCUAUGGUUUUGUAUUAUGACUCUGAUAUGGGGGGUGGACCAGUGAAUUUUCGUGAUGUGUUUCUUCACAGUCAAGCUCUCGAGGGCAUAACUUUGUCUAUGAUUCUUGAAGCACCAAACGAGGAAGAAGUUUCUCUUCUCCUGGAGAUGUUUGAGCUUUGUCUUACUGGAGGAAAAGAAGUUCAUAAUGCCAUAGUGAGCAGUAUACAGGACCUUGGAAAGGCUUUUUCAAGAUAUGAAGAUGAAGUACUGGUGAAGCGAGAGGAAUUGCUCCAAUUUGCACAAGGUGCCAUAACAGGGUUGAAAAUUAAUGCUGACCUUGGAAGAAUAGACGCUGAAGCCUCUAGUCUAAAGAAAAAACUUGAUGGAAUGUCUCUGUCUGGGAAGCCUUCAAGUGAAGGUCAUUUAGAAACAUCUGAAGAAACAACUAUUGCAACAAUAGAGGCUUUAAAAGAAGCAAUUGUACAAAUUCGAGUUUGUUCCAGAUUGGAAGGGCUUUUACUGAAGAAGAAAUUUCUAAAUAGUGGAGACUCACCGGAAGUUCAUGCUCAAAAGGUUGAUAAGUUGAAGGUUUUGUCAGAAUCUCUUGCUAACUCCUCCACAAAAGCUGAAAAGCGCAUUGCAGAUCAUAGAUCUCAAAAAGAGGAGGCAUUAAAAUUUCGGGUUUCUAAAGCAAGUGAAGUUAGUGAAGUGGAAAAGGAUUUAAUAACUGAGAUUGAAGGAUUGCAGAAACAAAGAGAUGAACUUGAAGCUGAACUGAAAAGGGUUAAUAUCUCCUUGGCUGCUGCCAAUGUACGCCUUCACAAUAUGAGGGAAGAGAGGUCCCAGUUUGAUGAAGCUAGCAAUCAGAUUGUCACACACUUGAAAACAAAGGAAGAUGAGCUGUUGAAAACCAUUGCCUCAUCCAAAGUAGAAGCAGAUGUACUGAAUACAUGGAUCAAUUUUCUAGAAGAUACUUGGGUCCUCCAAUGCUCUUAUGCAGACAUCAAGGAGAAGCAGGUCGAUGAUGAAUUGGAGGAACAUGAGGACUAUUUUGUACACUUGGCCAUUGGUCUCCUUUCUUCUUACAAGAAAGAGCUAGAGCCUUCCAUCAGUCGUAUUGGGAAAUUUGUGGAGAAUCUAAAGAGCUUAAGCCAGGGGUCAGAGACAGAAGCUGCUGCAGAUAAUGAGGACUUGAAUCCAAGGAAAAGUCUCGAACAGCAGUACCAGGAUCAUGAAGCCAAGAUAAUAACCACCUUCAGUGUAGUUGAUAACAUGAAAGAGCAAUUUUAUGCUCAACAAGGGAAAAUUUCCAGAAAAAAUGAUCCAAGGGUGAAGGGGCUGUUUGAUGAUCUUGAGAAGUUAAGAGCAGAAUUCGAAUCCAUUGAGAGACCAAUUCUAGAAAUAGAGACUCCAACCCCAAGGGGGCCAGAGUCUCCAUCAGGUGCCAAGCUGCAGGGAAGUUUAUCCCAAUCCACAGUGCAGGUUGCGGAGACACAGAAUGCCGUGACAGAUGAGCAUCCCAAGUCACCUGCAGUGAAGACAGAGCAGGUGCUAGACCCUGAGGCAGAACUGGCAAAGCUGGAGUCAGAGUUUGGGAACGUUAGUCGAGAUUACUCAGCAGAGGAGAUUGGGGAUUGGGAAUUUGAUGAGCUAGAGAGGGAGUUGAGAUCUGGUGAUACAGCUCCCAGCAAAUAAAAAACGAACCACCACACGUCUGCCCUAUUAUACUGCCCUAUUAUACGCUGUUAUUAUACAUGUCUAAUAACCAAGCCCGAAUUUAUACUAAGUAGGAUGAUGUUACAGUUUCCGACCUCUCUCAUAGCUUCAUUUAAAGAUCAGGAGCUUUUCUCUGUAACAUGGAUGGGGGAGUUCAAUUUAUUUAUUCUUGUGUAAAUUCUCAUACUUGUCUGAAUGAUGUAAUAUGACAAUGAUAAAAACAGAUGUAGGGGAGAGACUCUGUUUGGAUGUAAUAAAAAGAGGUUUUGAAACAA